GAACACUAGACUAGAUUGGGUCACCAGCCUGUGUUUUUGUGUUGCCUUUUUAGGUGCAGUGUAAUAUUAUGUGCCUUGCAAGCAGAGCUCACAGUGAUCAAAAUGGUGUAUGGUGAAUUCUUCCACAGACCAGGACAAGAUGAGGAGCUGGUCAACUUGAAUGUUGGUGGUUUUAAACAGUCCAUUGGUCAAAGCACACUGCUCAAAUUUCCUCACACAAGGCUCGGGAAGCUACUCAGGUGCCAUUCAGAAGAGGCAAUUCUGGAACUUUGUGAUGACUACAGUGUGGCAGACAAGGAAUAUUACUUUGAUAGGAACCCUUCUUUGUUCAGAUACGUGCUGAAUUUUUAUUACACAGGUAAACUCCAUGUUAUGGAAGAACUUUGUGUCUUCUCCUUUUGCCAGGAAAUAGAGAACUGGGGGAUUAACGAACUCUUCAUUGAUGCGUGUUGCAGCGGUUGGUACCAAGAGAGAAAAGAAGAAUGUCCUGACAGAGAAUGGGAUCAAAGAAGCCCAGGUGGGAGUCUAGAUUCUUCUGAUAACGAGACCUCUUCCAUCUUUGAGAAGGAGCUCGAGAAGUUUGAUCAACAGUGGCUUGGAGAGUUGCGCAAGAAAAUAUGGAUCCGAAUGGAGAACCCGGCAUCUUGUUUAUCAGCCAAACUGAUUGCCGUGUCUUCCUUAAGUGUGGUCCUAGCAUCUAUUGUGACUAUGUGCAUUCACAGCAUGCCAGAGUUCCAGAAGGUGGGUGUCAAUGACAAAGAGGUUGAAAACCCAAUCCUGGAUGUUGUGGAGCUGAUAUGCAUCAUCUGGUUCACCUCUGAGCUUAUAAUCAGGUUAGCUGCUGCUCCGAGUCAGAAGAAGUUCUGGAAGAACCCGCUGAACAUCAUUGACUUUGUAUCGAUCAUUCCAUUUUAUGCCACUUUGGCUGUCGACACCAAAGACGAGGAAAGCGAAGAUAUUGAAAACAUGGGGAAGGUGGUUCAAAUCCUGCGCUUAAUGAGGAUAUUCCGAAUAUUGAAACUAGCACGGCAUUCUGUUGGAUUGAGGUCUUUGGGGGCAACCUUAAGGCACAGCUAUCAUGAAGUUGGACUCCUGCUUUUGUUCUUGGCCGUUGGGAUCUCUAUUUUUUCUGUUCUGGUCUACUCAGUGGAAAAAGAUAGUGACAGUUCAGAGCUGAGUAAUAUCCCUAUUUGCUGGUGGUGGGCCACAAUCAGCAUGACUACCGUUGGCUAUGGGGAUACCUUCCCAGUCACCCUUGGGGGAAAGAUCAUUGGCACAAGCUGCAUUAUCUGUGGAAUAUUGGUGGUCGCUCUUCCCAUCACUAUCAUUUUCAACAAGUUUUCGAAAUACUAUCAGAAGCAGAAGGAUAUUGAUACAGAUCAGUGCGAUAACACUCCCAAGGAAAAGACAAACGAUCUCCCUUAUUUUAACAUUAGGGAUAUUUAUGCAAAAAGGAUGCACUCCUUUAUUUCUAGCCUUUCUUCCAUAGGAAUUGUAGCCAACGAUCAAGAUUCAACCGAUGCUUCCAGUAUCCAAGAUCUUGAUGAUGUUUAUAACGCAACAUCUUUGCAGAAUG